GGCGAUUUAGCAACAAAUGUACUUGGAGUUUGUUCUCGGGAUUUACAUUUUAUUUACAUAUUGCCUGGGUGGGAAGGUUCUGCUGCGGACGCAAGGGUAUUAAGAAGUGCAAUUUCUAGACCAAAUGGCUUUGUAGUUCCUCAAGGUUGCUACUAUCUAUGUGAUGCCGGAUACAGCAAUGCAGACGGGUUUUUAGCUCCGUAUAGAGGCCAACGGUAUCACAUAAAAGAAUGGAGUCCACAAAAUUAUCCUAGAACAAAAGAAGAAUUGUUUAAUUACAAGCAUUCAUGUGCACGCAAUGUCAUUGAGAGAUCAUUUGGGUUAUUAAAAAUGAGAUGGGCAAUUCUUCGUAGUAGAUCGUGGUACCCUGUGAAGAC